CACAACAACACCCACCCGGCGAAGCAAAAUAAAGUCCACCGCAUGGCCGCAUCCGUCCAAUUUCAGCAGCUCCAUCCCCAAAGUCUUCUCCUCCCCCUUGGUAUAUAUCCAUCCUAUCCCAUUCCUCCAUAUUUCUUUCACUUAGGUUGAUGGAUUUGUAGAUCAUUCAAUGCCAAAUCCGAUCUUUGAUCGUCGAGGAUGUCCCAGGCGGACGUCGCUUACAGUUGUGGAUCUUGUGGAUAUCCUCUGAACUUGACAUCUUCUAAUAGAAUCACAUCUGGAAUAGGCUCGGACUAUCAAAAAUCCAUCAAGAAGGGUGUGAUUUCUUUUAUUUCUGUCGAUCUCAGUCGAUUUACUCAAGUUGAUGAGAUAAAUUGUUUUCCCAUCAAUCUGGGUCGUUAUAGACCGAAAACUAAGCUUCUUUGUCGCAAAUGUGGAGCCCUCAUUGGCUAUGGAUAUGGUGAGUCAGCUGUUCUCUGUGGCUUUGACUCUGUUGGUUCAUCCUCUUCAAGUUGCCAAAAGUACUCAAUAAAGAUUCGUGCAUUACAGCCUUCAGCUUAGAGUUAGUUUUCCUUUGAUUUAGUGAUGCAAAGAAUGGAUUAUCAUUUAAAUAAUGUCGAGAGCUAUCUACCUGAUGAUUGCUUGCUUAUUAUUUUUCGGAAGCUUCAAAAUAUUACUGAUCGAAAUGCUUUUGGCUUAACAUGUCGUCAUUGGCUUCAUAUUCAAAAUUUAGCACGCAGAUCAUUAAUCUUU